UUUAAAUAUAAAAAAACUUGCUGUAUUCAAAGGAACAUACUGAUAAAAUAUUUACAUCCAAGAAGUAUGACUCCCUCUAAAAUUUUUUUGCAAUGCCGCUAGCUUCAUAUCCCGCAUAAAUCAUCCCCAAAAAGUAUUGUUUAACUAAUAACAUAACAUAGCUAUUUACCAUACAAAGGUCCGCAAUUGGAACAGACAAAAAUGGUGCUGUUUAAUGGAAAUGGAAAUCUUUUUAAAACAAAAUGUACUAAGAUAUUAAGAUCAUUGUAUUAAUUUUUUGUGUUAAAAUUGUGUUUACACAAUUAUAUUGAUCUUACCAGGUUUUAUUUCAAAGCAUCUUAGUUAUUCAUAAUUUUAUGUAUUCAUUCAUUCUUUAUACAGCUCGCAUAUUUAAAAACCAAUUAUUCUAUUAGAAUCAAGUUAUAUGUAAUAUGUGAAACUUAUUAUGGAUUACAGAAGCUUUAUUUACUAUUUUCCUCUUUGUCACGGAAUUUUGUUUUUGGUUUCUUUUUUACGUCAGUUAGUGCUACUAUCAUGACGUUUUAUUACGUUGAUAUAUUAUGACGUCAUAAUCAUUUCUGUAUAGAAACCAGUAAGGUUUGGCAGAUUUUAGAAGCGCUCAAAGGCAAACUAUUUGUUUUGUCAUGGUUUGUGAAAGUUUUCUUUGGAAAUCUUAUUCACAAACCAUGGACAUUUCAAGCAAGGCAUUGAUUCAUUACAACGAAAAGUUGAGGCGAGAAUAUGAAAUUGUCUGCCUGUUCGUAGGAAAGAUUGGUUUCUUGAAUACUAGAACUGGAGAAGUUACCUCAAGAUCCAGGCGUGCAGAACAUCUUUGUUUACCGAGGGUCGCAUCGAGCGACGGUGGAAACUAUAGUGUCAAGAAAUCUCUGAGUGACGGAAUUAUAGAGACCGGAAGUUGCACACAGAUUAUCAAGGCAAAAGGUCAUCAACUCGCUGAUGUCAAGGACGACCAUCAUAAUUUCGACAUAAACAACAACCAACAGCAUCGUGAACAAAGCGAGGGCUCAACAAAAAAGUGGUCUUUGAUCCAGACUGGAUCCUCAAAUGAAGACGAGGAUGAUACUGAGAGAACUUGCAGGGAAUUAGAAUUGGAGGCUAGAGCGGCAAGACAAAAACAGAUAGAGGACUUCUUUACUGAUCCCGUUGACCGGGAGAUAUUUCCAUUAAAUCCCCCCGAAACCCCAACAACCCGCAUUUACCGACCCAUUGAGAUACCGACAGCAGAAGAGAGUAUUUCGAUAAUGUUGGCCAAAUUUAGCGCAGCCUUUCGGGACAAAGACUUCAUGCGGGAGGUGUAUGAAUAUCGCCGUUUACCGAGGCCACCAGCCCGAGGACUGGCACCACUAUCCUAUGAAUGGCUGACACUAAACACGUACUUUGGACUAAUGCAAUCCACAGAACAACAGGAUCCCGGGGAUCCGCAGGUCAACGCAAAUAUCCAACAAAGUCUUGAUACUGAAAUUGAAACAAAAGACGAUCAAGGAAUCAGAGAAUCUGAUUCAUAUUUUAGCGUAGAGGAAGAUGAAGAGAAUAAAUUUGGAACAAAUUGGUUCGUUCGAGUUUUUUGUUGCGGCGCAAACUCCAUUUCAAAGAAGGAGAGACGAGGAGAUGGAGAGAAAAGCAAAGGAUUUCUUUCCCGCCUCAGGAGAUUUUUCGGGAAGAAAUAAAGAGUCCGAGCUACCAUGAGAAACUUUCAUUAACUAUGCUGUCUUUCAAUUUGAAAAAGAAAGAGAACUCU